GUUGUCUCAUAACCAUGAUAUUUUGCAAGUCUAGAAAUUAUUCUGCAGUAUUGGAAAUUAUUCUACAGUAUUGGAAGUGCAGAAAAUGUAAUAAAAAUGGUGGUUUCUAGGUAUUUUUGGUGUAUAUGGGGAGGGGUCGAGAAUGAAGGAUGUUUCAGAGGAAAAUGAAGCUUUCGGCUACCUUCCCCUGGUCUUUGCCCUUGUCUUAAUGAUAAUUAUGGCAAUAUGGUAUUAUGUGUACCAGAAAAGAUACUUGUUUGAGCUUGAGCAUAAGGUCUCUGGGGAAUAUAUUGGACAACCGGCUGAAAAUCCAGCAAUAAGCAGGGUGCCAGGAAUGGGGCUUUUCUACUUUGAGCUUGUGCAGGGGAUACCUCCAAUUUUUCCUCAUUUCAUUGCUCAAGUCCCCUCCAUUCAUUCAGUUCUAGUGUUUGUCUCGACCAAGAAGAUUCCUGUUACCAGAGUUGCAUUGGAGGAGAGGUUUAUGUUCAGACAGGUGAAGCCAACAGAGUACAAGAUGUUCCGCUGUGUGGUAAGGUAUGGCUAUAUGGAUGUCGUGGGGGAACCUGAGGUGUUUGAGCGCCAGUUAGUUGAACACUUGAAGGAAUUCAUCCGCCAUGAGUGCUUCCUUGCUGGAGGAAAUAAUAAACCACCUGAAUCUGUAGAUGAAUCAAUGCAACAACAGAUGAAUCAAUGAGUUCCCUGCUUAUUGCUGGAUUUUCAGCCAGUUGUCUAAUGUAUUCCCCAGAGACCUUAUGCUCAAGCUCAAACAAGUAUCUUUUCUGGUACACAUAAUACCAUAUUGCCAUAAUU